AUGUCGAGAAAUAUAAAAUUUUCUCAACAUUCAUCACGCCACAUAUCAGCAGUGCACAGACCAAGUACGACACAGGUAAGACUGACUAGAACAACAGCGAUUCAUGAACGUCGUCGUUACCUGCACCGCCCACGGUAUGCUUAUGUCACGCUAGUCAUGUGUGGGGAUGAAUAUGCUAUUGGAGCUGCAGUGCUGGGUUGGUCGCUCCGUAAGUUUGGAGUUCAACACGAACUAAUUGUCAUGGUUACACCUGACGUCAGCAUCAAGACUCGUAAAUUACUCAUGAAGAUUUUUGACCGAGUUGAGACAGUAAAAUACAUUCAGUCAAUGACACGAAGUACUCUACGAGGACAUGAAUACAGGCAAGAAAAGGAGUGGAUGAAAUUUUGUCUAACGAAAGGGAACAUGAUGAAAUUUAUCGAGUAUGAUAAGAUAGUAUGGAUGGAUGCAGACAUGUUAGCACUUGCUAACUUGGAUGAAAUUUUUGAGUUGUCUACUCCUGCUGGUAUAUGCACAAGUAUAAGAGACGAUGAGAGAUGGCAUGGAGAGCGAUUGCCGGAAGCUGAAAUUAAGGAAUCGUUAUCGAACAACUAUGGGGUAAGAGGAUGCAUUAUGGUACUGAAACCGUGUGUGAGGGAUUACCUCAUGGCGAAGUCACAGCAACAUGCUGGACAUGGAGGUGUUUAUCCUGGCCCGGAUGAAUAUUUUUACACCAUGAUGUAUAAAGAGAGAUGGCAUCACUUGGAUCAAAAGUACGGAUGUAGUGCUGUAAGCGAAAACAAUGGUAUCCAGCCGGCAGCUGUGCAUUUUGAUCUUGCUAAACCGUGGCAGUCUAAAGAGGUCGAUGGCUGCCCAGGUAUCCAGAAAUGGUGGUUAUUUGCAAAGGAUUUAAUCACCGAACAUCCUGAGUUCACCAAUCUUCUUCCAAUAAUGGGGACACCAUCCGGUCAAUCCAGGUCAUGGCUGUUUUUAUCUCCUGUUGAAAAAGUUUCGUUCAAAUUAAUGAACGACUAUAAGACUGAGAGAAGCGAAACCGGGAAAAGAAGAAAUGAGAAGAAAAUAACUGGUCAACAGCAUACUUCAAGAAUUUUAUUGAACAAAGAUAAAAUAAACGCUAAUCAUGUCAUUCAAUAA